UACCUGUGCGUGCGUGCGUGGCCCGAGGAUCGACCGUCGUAACAUGAACAAGAGGAAGUAUUCUGUGCUGUUUUACGUACCGAACCUCAUUGGUUACAUGAGGCUGCUGUUUCUGAUCACUGCGUGGAUUUUCUAUGACAACAUCUAUGUUUUCUUACCUUUCUAUGCUGCUGCUGCUUUCUUGGAUGGUAUUGAUGGCUGGGCAGCAAGGAUGAUGGGGCAAUGCUCGGCAUUUGGAGCAUGGCUGGAUGUCCUGGUGGACAAUGUUGGGAGGAGUCUCCUGUGGACCAAGCUCUACCCUUGGGGAGUGUUUGUCUCCUGCCUGGAGUGGAGCGUGUUUGUCUGCACCCACACCCUCGGUCACCAGUGGAAGGCUGCAUUCGGCGCAGCUCCUCAGUGGGUCAAGACUGUCAUGGACAAUGGGUUCUAUACACCAGUAGGGGCUUUCACAGUUGCCGGCCUACACGCCCUGCCACCAUAUCUCUACAUCCUCGGCCACCUCCCUCCCAGCCUGCACAACGUUUCUCCCAUACUCCUGUAUGCUCCAGCGGUGAUACUGGCUGCAGGCCGUGUGCUGGCGCUGGCAGUGGAGUUAUGGUGCAUAAAGACCCACAUUCUCCAGCUACUGUCCACUGAUGAGAACCACGAACUCAACAUACUCACUAGAGAUUUACACACUGAUCCCUCCAAUUAGUAUUGUAAUGUGGUAGGCGUUUACGCUCAUAUAUACUUUGCAUUCGAAUCCCUGCCUCAGUCUUUUUUUUCUUUUUUCACCUCAUUAAUUUUCAUGGUAUGUAUCAAAUAAUAUGCCAGCGGUGCCAAGAGGGUUAAAUUUUGUUGAUUGAAUUAGUGUUGGUGUGAGAGUGAAGAGUCUUGUAGCAGGCGAGGCUGCAGAGAGGGAGCCCUGAGGCAGAGUCACAGUAUCUACGACGACCACUGCAUCCAGGCACUGCACACUGCUGGGGCACUGGAGGUAGUGUAGCUGUUUGUGGAGGAAGAGGGUAGUUGAUGCCUGGGGCCAGGGAGAUGGAGGAGUUGUCAGAUGACCUGACGUAGUGAAGGAAUGCUGCAGUCACUGUCUUGUCUGCGGCCU